GUCUCGUCUUUCAGUUGACUUUCAUCGUCGUUUUGUAGCGAACGUUUUGUGCGACCGCCGUCGAUAGGAAAUUGCAUUAUUUUAUUAGAUGCGUAAUAAAGUUUGUGUUGGUUAUUCGUUGGCAAUAAUUUUGACGACGUGAACGUUAUUAAUCGUUGUAACGGGCGAUAUUUAUUAAAUAAGUUGUGAAGUGGAAUAUUAGCGUCGCGGCGAUCGUGGCGCAAUGCAGUGUGUGUUUGGGUGCGAAUUGAAACUGUGUACAAAGUUGAUAUUCGUUGACUUGUUGGACAGCGGAGGCUGUGUGCGUUUGAUGUGUGGUUGGUAGCAAUGUUGCCUAUGCUCCAGACGGAAACCCUUCUCUUCAACAGCGUGACUCGCUCUGACGGAGCCCCGCCGGCAGCCACUCUGCCACCCUCCAUGACACCAGACUCGGAGGUUGAGGAGCUAGUUGAUAUCUUCUUCGACAUUGAUGUUGCUGUUAACACGUUCUCAAGAGUCGAAUCCUGUGACCUCCAAGCGGGAGACACAUGGAGGGGCGUGCAGGGCAAGAUGAGCGUGACAGCGCCGGGCAAGAAGAUCAGAAAAAAGUCUGGCAAUCAGCCCCAAUCUCAAAUAAAUAAGUGCUUCAACGAGAAGCGUCGUCGUGAGCUGGAGAACGAAGUCAUAAACCAGCUUGAAGAGCUGUUGCACACGUGUCUGGCGGAGGUGCGGCAGCCAGACAAGAACGGUAUCGUUCGCGAGGCCACCCGCCAGAUUUCGGAGGUGCUCAGUCGUCGACAGGCCUGCCCUUCCGAUUGUCCGUUGCGAGCUGCGCCUGCACGGUCGCCCUUACAGGCCGGCGAAGUUAGCUCCACGCAGCAGCCGCCGGCUCAUCACUACAGCGAAAUUAGUACCCUAAUAGAGGCGGUGAAGCACUACACAAGUGUGCUGGGGUUGAUUUUAAUGGAAAUCAAUUCAAAGGGGGAGAUCGAAUGUGUCACUGAAAAUAUAAAGGACCUGAUUCUGGUGGAACGCACCGAGCUGUAUAAGAAGUCGAUAUUCUCCCUUUUGCACGCCGAAGAUCACGCCAAGCUGAGACCGCUGCUAAGGAACAUUCAGACAUUUACUUGGGGACCGACGGAUCCUGAAAAGUAUCAAAAUAUACAGGCGCGGUUCCUGGUCAAGGACUCCACUGCGACUGAUGGUAGCAGGUUGGCGGAGUGCGUGAUCCACGCGGCGGCGGUGCGCGCGUCGCCGGCGGAGGAGGCCGGCUCCGUCAUGUGCGUCAUCCGGCGCUGCGACCCCGCCGCCCCCGCGCCGCCCCGCCCCGCUCUCGUCUUCAGACUCGACUGCACCUUCAUCAUUCUCUCUUGUGAUCUCUCCGGGGUCGAGAACUGUAUAAGCUCUUCUCUCUCUCUCGUGGGCACCCGCUACUUGGAAUUGGUAGAAAGCGGGGAUCGCGCCCGCGUGUCGGCGCACUUGCAGGAGGUGGUGUGCCGUGGCGGCGGGUUGCUGGUCAGCGAGCCCUACGCGCUGCGUCUCGGCGCCGACGGCCCGCGCUUCAGAGUCAGCGCCCAGUCGCGCCUGUUUCCCACCGCGGGUGAACCCGACUUCAUCAUGUCCACCAACACAGUGGUCGGCGAUGACGAUGACAUACUGGAAUCGACGCGACCUCCGCUCGGCGGGCCGCUGAUGACCUCCAUCGUAAAUGGCGAUCCCUCCGCGCCCCCACGGUACCGGUCGCCGGUCGAGCCGACGCCUGACCCGGAGCCCCAGUUCUCCAUGAACGACUUCGACUUGGAUCCGUGGGGCUCGACGUUCGCGAUAAGCGAAGUGUCCGGCGAGGACAGUAAGGAGCGUAAGGAACCCACCGGAGAGGAUGCCGGGGCUCCGCUCACGCCCCGCGCCCCCUCGACCCCGGGGGAAGGCCCGCCGACGCCCCGCACGCCUCCCACCCCGCUGACGCCUCAUCCGGCGCCGCUACCCGAGAAGCCGAACCGGUUGCGGACGUUGCUCAGCUCAAAGAAGACCAACGACCCCAUUUUGAAGGAUCUGUUGAAUCAGAAGGACGAGGAGGGCGGCGGAGGGGAUUCGUCGGGGCCUCACACGCCCCACACGCCCUUAACCCCGCACACUCCGCACACUCCCGCCUCGGCGCUGUCACCGCUGCAUUCGGCGCAGCCGCAGCAGCGUCAUCCGCAACAGCUUCACAGCCAUCAGCCUCCCACCUCUCACGCCGCCCAACAUCCGGCACACCAUAAUAAUCAGAUGUUAAAGCUACUGAACGACAAGUCAGAUGAAGACGGUGAUGACAGGAAUCGCAGCUCAAGCGCACUGCUGUCCCAGCUGUUAGCGGGCGGACCGGGGGGCGGAAGUAGUAGCAGUGGGGGCAAUGGGGGUCGACACGAGAACGAGUUGUACUUGGAACGCAUUGCCGGCAUUAAACGCAAAUUCGACGAAUCAAAAGCCGCCGCUAUUAACCCGAAGAGAGCUACCCCAGAACACCAACAGAGAACUGAAGCGAUCGUUACGCAGGUAACGUCGUCGGCAGCGGGCAGCAGCACUAACAGUAGUCUGGGCAGCCCCGCGAGCGUCGGCAAGAGCGAGCUCUGCCUCAAGAACCAGAUCCUGGUGUCGCUGCUCGCGCGGCAGCAGACCACGCCCCCCACUCCUUUGCCCCUCCACCCCGUCCGGGCCUUUCCCCCCCGGCAACGGCCGCCGCAUCCCGCGCACGCGCCCCGGCAACAUCCUCACACGCUCUCUAAUAUGCUGGCCGCUAACAACCGUGGCGGCAACAUGAAUGGUGGUGUGGGUAGCGCCGGAGGCGAAACUGGGGGCGCUCAAAGCCAUCUGCAGUUGGUACUGCAAGGGGCCCGGGGGGCCUACCCCCCGCCCCCUUCGCAUCCUUCCCCCCUGCACUAUGCCGCCCCCGCUCCGCAUCAUGGAUAUAAUGCUCAGCCGCCGGGUGGCAGUACGCGUGUGCAAGGCGGAGGUAACGGGAAUGACAUUGAGGUGCACAGCGAUAAAACGCUAUCAGAGAUUCUCGACGAGCUGAUCGAGAACAAUGAGCGGAAUAGUGCGCCCGACCACACCCUUAUGGAUCUCGAUACGCGAGCUGCCUCACAUGACUACCAGGGCGUGAACGAAAAGAAAGCGGCGAUCAACGCGAUAACACAGAGUCUCAUGCAGUGCGAAUCUGUUAGCAAGAGCCCCGUGCCCUCAAGUGGGGCUCAAUCCACCGCGCCCCCCGUGUAUCCCUCGCAGAGCCCCUCGGGGCCUGGGGCUGCAUUGUACGGGGCGGCACGAGCCAGGGCCUUUGUGGAGCAACAUCGGGCGCGGCUGCUUCAUUUGCAGGAAUCCCAGCAGAUGCUCGUCUCACCAGAGGCUGCUGAACAGCCCCAGCAGGAUCUGGGGUCAACCAUCAACGCACUGGUCUCCGCAACUCCGCCUAAUGUCACAUUGCUGCCCAGAGCUGAUUUCCACCAUUUAUAUCAUCCGACCAGUCAAAUGGGCUCAAGUUAUGGUACAAAUAAAAUAGUGACGUCACAGCAAAGUCCCAUGUUGAGCAGACAACUCCAUGGAGGCGGCGGCGCGUAUGGGCCAAGUGUCUCAGGCGUGUCAACAGCGCUGCAUACGCCCCUCACUCCCCUCACCCCGCAGCCGUAUCAUCGCGCACCCCGACCGCAUCACGUGGGCGGCUACUAUGAGGACGGCGACUACUGCGGAGACUUCGGCCGAAGGGCGCCCCCCGCGCCGCCCCUCGCGCCCCACCCCUCGCCCCACGACCAUAUGCCUUAUAUGGCGGGCGGGGCAGGUGCGGGGCCAGCGGGGGGCGGGACGUCCGAGUACGUACGCAACGAACUACGCGCUGUCGUGGGUGCACGCUCGGCCAGACCGGAGAUGCACGCGCAGGAACUAGACCCGCUAUUGGCCUUCGAUAUGCCAGCGCCUGGUGGCGGCGGCUCGGGCGGGCGCGGCGCGGCCAACGCGUGGAAGGCGCCACAGAGCACUCCGAGUACUACGGAGGCGGGCUCGGCGGCGGGCGGUGAUGAGGCGCCGGCCAGCAAGGCCUCUCUGCUUCAGAAGCUGCUGUCGCAGUGACCGGCCACGCCCUUGCAUUUACGCCCCGCCCUACUCCCGGAUAACUCUUCGAUAUUAGAUGUCUGUAUGUAUGUAUAGUUUAGCUGUAAGUUAUAGUGCGACGGUGACUUCCUCGAAGUAAUGCGGGAUUCUUGUCAUCACUUUAACGCAUAUUUCCAUAGACCGCGUGCAAUAUUAUACGAAUACAUAUUUUUGGCGUUGUAAACGUUAUGUAUUAUAAAGUCAGAUGUUACCUGUUAUGACGAAAUAAGUUAGUAUUCGGAGCGAAUGCGUUCAAGUCUUCGACUCUAUGCUUUUUAUUUAUAUUUUUUGUGUGAAAUUCAGUUACAUUGAAUAAUGUACGACGUCUUACAAUUAUAAAUCUGGUUUAUAUGAAUUUUUUUAUAGUUGACGCAUAGAGACCGAGAAGCCGCAGUGUGUAUAUAGAGAGUUGUUAAAUUAUAGGCUGUUGCUUUAGUGUAAAUAUUUUGUUAAAAUAUACUUGUGUUUCUUAUUUUAAUAAUACUAUUAAAUUUAAUUUUUAUUUCUGUAAUUAUUUACUAUAGUUGUCUGUAUCGUGAAUUCCCACAAAUAGCUUUUUUAGAACGCUCGGAUAGUCGUGCCUGACGUGCGACAAUAGGCGUCUAAACGACACACCUAACACUACCUCAACUCAAGUACUGUUUUAUGAAAAUUGAUACGCCAUGAAAUUUUAGAGGUGUUCUUGGAAAUCAUAGUGCGGCUUUCGUCUUAGAACUUCGCCCCCACGGUGUAUCUAUAGUGCUCAAUUUCAUAUCUUCCUAGAUCUGAACUUCCAAAGCAAAAACACA